AUGGAGUCUAUUCCACCGAAAACACGGGUUGCUGAGGGAUGGGUUCAUCCACUCCUUAAAAAAGUAAUGUCCGAAUCCCAUCAGCAUAAUAGAUCUGAAGAUAGAGUGGGUCUUUUGGAGAGACAAAAGAGAGAACUUGGGAAUUCCAUGAAAUCAAAGGAACAAUUAAUCGUUGAAACGAAAAAAGAAUUAUACCAACUGCAACAAAGACACGAUGAAUUGCUGCGUCAAAAGAAAACAGAGAAAUAUGUUUAUGAACGUAUAGAUGAUCAACUUAUUGUUGGUAAAACUUUAAGGAGGCCUGAAUCGCAUGAACUGUUGAGAGCUGAUGAUCUUCAACAUCCCUCCUGCGCACUUACCGUUAAUAGUUUAAAUUCUUGGGGAAUAGUGAUACCCUGUUUUACAAUAGAUGAAGAAACUAGAAGACGUUUCUUUUGUCAAUACGCACCUUUUCUCACGACUAGUAAUGAUGAUAAUACCAUGGGGAAAGAAGUUAGAGAUGCCUUAUUUUAUGAAGAGAUGUGUUUAAUGGAUAUUGACGAAGGUUGCUGUAGUAAUUCUGCCUGUCCAUAUUGGCAUGAGAAACAGAUAGAACAUGUGAAACGUGGAAGUCAGGAACUUAUCUCUCAUAUGAGAUUAUUAACAAAUGGCGACUGCAAUAUUUGCGAUGUUGCGACUUUUUUAUUCCGUUCACAAGUAGCGAUAGAUGCAUCUACAGAUCUUAUGGAUGCUGUGAAAAUAAGAUGUGAUACUGUAAACAGUGUUGCGAACUAUGGAUGGGCAAAGACGGUGAUGACAUAUGGAAAGAGUAUCGUAUGGGAUGCCCCACUACGAUGUAAACCAGAAAUAUCUUUAGAAGAUAUUACAUUAUUGCUUCGUGAAGGAGAGGAACUUAGUGUAUGGGAACAGUUCAUAAAUUCUUUACCUGAACAAAGUGCAGCCACUCAACUUUUUCAACAGCGUCAGGAUUCCUUAUCUUGGCGUUGUCUCAUGCGGAUUGCCGGUGUACAGACCGAACAAUUGAUUUGGCUUGCCAAACACGGUAUGUAUUUAUUUCCGGAAUCUCCUUCCAUUCGACUUACUUACAUGUGGACACUAUUGCGAUCCAACGCCACUACACGUGAAUGUAUAAGUGAAUGCCUCAAAUGCAGUGAAGAGAUGGCAGCUUAUGUAGUGAAAACAACACUCUUAUCGUGUGAUAUUCAAUGGAGCUCCACAGCGGCGCGGUAUAUUGCUUACAUGAUUGCAAUCACGUGUAUGAGUGUUGUGGAGAAGGAUGAUGUGGCCGGUGCGGAGCUUCUCCUUUCAACAGUGUUGGAAGCUCCAGGGAAUUUCUCUCUACUUCCUCUUGCCCAACAGAACUUUACAAUGAUGUUAAUAACGCUGCGAGAGAGAAAACAGAUGGAAGAAAUGAAGGCUUUACCUUUAGCGUCUAUCUCUGAUGUUCUUUUUACGUUUAGUGAAUACCUACCGCAUAAACUUUCAGAACAAAGUAAACGAUUACUUCAAAAACAUUGUGGUUUUCUUUCCAUGUGUGAAACUCAAGGUAUACAUAUGGAGUUAAUAGAUUCUAUGAAAUCUGCUAUUUCAGUUUCAUUAAUGCGUGCUCACUCUACAGAUCUAAAACGAGUUGAAGAUAUUCUUCAACAGGCUUCUAUAGUUACUAAUAUGAGUUUCGCAGAACUAUGGAGUGAGUAUCUACGGAUUACGGAACAGUGUCAUGGAGCAUUACAUCUUCUUAAGUUAACUAAAUCACUUAGCGAAAACUGUCAAUCUCCUCUUUUAAUGUUUCGUCUAUUACAAUAUCUUACAUUUCAUGGGGAAGAUGAAAACAUUAUCAGAGAUAAAUUUAUUGAACGUUUUGCGUCUAGUUAUGGAUUUUCUUUAAAGAAUGUUCCUAUUAUGGCAUUGAGUGAUACACCUGGUAUUCCUGCAGUUGAUUGGAUCCCGUUUCUUAUUUUGUAUUCCCGUCAAUUAAACCCAAGAGAGCGUAUAGAAUUAUUACAUGGGAUUCCUGUAUCUAUUUACUGCAAGGUGGUAGAAUUGGUUUAUUUACUGUUAUUGGAAACCCUUCAUGCGUCUAUUCUCUUGGAAGACGAUAAAUUAUUUGGGAAUUGUGCAUUUCGUAGUCUUUAUAUAUUACGUGAACCUUUACUUUUGACGUUUAGCUCUAUUGACUGCGGUUUUGAGGAUAUGGUGUCAUCUGCUCACGUGGCCUGUUGGAUGGUUUACAAAUCUAUUCCUGUAAUGGUUGGAUCCGCCUCACAUCUCACCGCCCGUUACCGCGAAAUUAUAUUAGACGUUGGAGAACAACUCCACGUGCUGCAUCCCUAUUUGCUACAGACAUAA